CUAUUCACAUUUUGAUACCCCAAAUUUAUUUAAAUCACAAUUUAGUCACUAUAACGUACAUUUUACAUUUUGACACACCAAAAUUAAUUUUAAUGUAAAAUCAUUGAACAAUUAUGUUUUGGUAUCUAGAACGGGUCCAUACACGACUCACCAACAGUCUAGAGAAUUAAUAAUUGAACCAUGAACCACUAACUUUUCAACUCAAUGUCGAGUCUAAUUAAAAAUAAAUAUAUAUGGUUAUUACUUAUUAGAAAUUCGUCAUUUUCCACUAUUGAAUUUGAAGGCGUGAAAUUUCAAGCGAGUUUCAGUUUGUAUUCCUUUUGCUUCUCUCUAGAGUCUUUCUUUUUCUCCCGGGCUAAAAUUUUCAACAAUUAUACAUGAAAUGUUUCUCUAGGUAUCUACACAUAUCAAAUAAAUAGUUUUCAUUUUUCUAUCAAAAAAUAAAUAAUUGUCAUCUUAAAUACAUCACCAUAAAAGGAAUAAAGCUUUAAGUAUGCAAAUUACAGUUCGGUACCUAAACUUAACAUAUCUUUAGAUUUAUAACCUAAUUUUAUUUUUUGGCACCUAAAAUUAAUAGAUAUUUUGUGCAUUACAUUUUGGUACCUAAUCUUUUUUAGUUCUAUAAAUAAGUCUAAUUUUUGUAUGUGUAAUUAAAACACCCUCGAAUAAAUGGGUAUCCAUACCCAACUCAUACAAAUUUUGAUUAUGGAAGUAAAUAUCCAGAUAUGGCGGUCACCCAUACCCUACCCAUAAUCAAUGGGUCUACUUGGGUUUAGGUAAAUAUCAUUUAGUAGCCAAAAUUUUCAAAAAAAAUUAAAUUGGUUGUUGACCGCCAUAUAUAUAUUCUCAGUCAAUAUUACUAACAAAACUGCUAACACAAUUAAUUUUAGACUAAUAAUACUAACAAUACACGAUAAUGGACCACAUAAUACAUGCUCAUAUGCUAUUUUCGCUCCGCGACAAGGCGCGACAUUGCCACCUAGUUUGUAAGUUUAUAUGUGCAAUUCAUUAGACGAAUUUUAAUUUUGCACUAUGCACCCCAUAAAAUUUUAAAUUUUUAAAUUUUUUGGACCCCAUUUAAAAUAAUCUUGCGUUAAGUUGAUUUCUCAAAUCAUUGGGUUCAGUUAGUAGGUCCAUUCCACCAAGAGGGUUGCCUAAUCAGGCUGUAUGCCUGAUCAAGGCGGCGCAUUGACAACAGUAGUAUUCAAGACAUUUUCUUGGGACUGCCAGACUUCGUAUGGCUUUUGUGUUUGCCAGUUUCGCAGGUGUAGCUGUUGAACCGACUUUUGGGAGGCUGUCGUGGAGGUUAUACAAUGACGAAGUUGGCGUCAUGCAUAUCUUCCGGGUUCGGAUGUGGGUGCGAGUUCGAUGGCAGUUUACAUCAUUUUAUAGGUUUGUAGGGUUUUUUUAUCACUCUAUCUUAAAAACUAGCAGAGCUACCCAUUUCGUGACAUCAAAGACUCUUUCAUCGAUAAAUCAACUCUACUUAUAAUACGCGGAAGGGGAAAACAGCUUCCCCAUUUCAAAUUUGCUGCCUCCGGAGCGUUUCUUGGACGGGUAAUUUCGGAAACGGAAAAAUUACAUCGGAUCAUAUUGUGGCGUUCAACAGGCCUGGUGAUUUUUUUGUUCCGUCAAUCCGAUCAGCGCUCGCUCCGUUCAUUGUCGUCAUCGCCGAAAACAGUCAGUGCGCUGUCUCUGUCCAGUCUCCAUAUUUGCCGUGUAACCGGUUCUUUGUCUGGGAUUUAAUUACUUCCGAUUCGCCUCUUGGAAUCACAGUUCUGUCCAGGUCUGCGGUUCAAAUUGUCGGGUUCGUCUGAGGUUCCUUUCUUUGAAGUCGCUCUUCUAAUCAAUAGGAAAAUUUAGUUUGCGUUCUUUACCAAAAAAAACCUGACUCCUGUCCAUCAAUUCUCUAUACCUGCAGGGCAACCGCUUCUAAUUCGGGAUUUCAAUUCGUGCGCUUCAUGGAAUGCCAACUCUGUUGAGUUUAGUGCUUUUCAUUGGGUUCCACUGCUCACUCGAGUGCUUUCAAUUGGGUAUCGUACAACUUGCCGGCAGUUGCUUUUCCAAAUCGUCUAAUAUUUUGUCUGCUCUCCAUAUCUUUCUUUCUCUCUUCUCUCGACAAAGUGGGUAAAGAAACCUCCUGAGUCCUGAUGGAGGCGAAGACCAAGAAACAGAAAUCCUUCUUCCCCCAUUCCGCCAGUUAGUCUAUGUUGGACAGGCUUGAAAACUAUUCAUCCGAGGUGCAAGCCCUUAUUCUCUCGAUGAUUUUUUUAUUUUUAAAAAUUUGAUGCUCAAUGCUUAGAUAUCAACUUCACUUUUCAAGAGGUCCAGCGCCAAAUGGUUGUACUUUUAAGUUCCUUACGGGUGGAAGUCUGGAAGAGUAGUUGCUGCAAAUUAUCAUCUUUUCUGUUUAUUAUGUUAUCUCAGUAAUCUAUUGAAUUGUGUUGUGUUUUAUUUGGUCUUGAGUUCUUUAUAUUUUACAUUUUUACAUAGCUAGGGGUUGAGAAGAUGGGAGUUGCCAUGAAAAAAAUCAGUCAAUCCCCACUAUGUAUUAGUUCUGUUGUGCUCUCAUUGAGAAGUUGGGAGCUGACAUCUUCUAAUUGAGGGUUAAUGUAAUGAUCUGUCCUGAAAACACUUUUUAUCUUCUAAUAGUUAAUUUAUGAUUAUGUGGUUUGCUCAUAUAAGCUCUUUGUGCUUCUUUGAUAGGCUGGUUGGUGUGCAUGAUGUGCUUAUGGAAUUGGACAUUAAAGCUCUUUGUAUGCCCAGUAAGACAGCAGGAUAAGCAUUAGUUUAGCACGAUAAUCUUGACCCCUCUUUAUCAUAUAUAUCUUGUAAGUUGUUAGUGUUCUUCGUACUUAAGUCCUCUCUAGGUGGUUUUUGAUUCGUAAACCAUCAUUUUCUUCCUCAUUUAGAGAUCUGAUCCAUUAGUUAUCAAAACUACCUUGCAUUUUUUUGUUUUGUUUCGCUUCAGACGUACGUUGAGUUGAGUUUCCACGAACAGGACCCCAGUGAAGGUUAUCAAAAUCAUUUUCCCAAGUAACCCAAGAUCUCUUUGGUAAUCACAUAUGCAAGCAUCGCUUCAUAAAUUCAUUUUUGCCAGGCGAGUGUUGUCCAUCUGACGAAGGUAAUUUGCCUAAAAUAACCAGAAGUUUCUUUGGCUGCAUACAUAAUUUAUAUUUGAGGGAAUCAUGAAUGUUUGGUUUAGAAUCCAUACUUUAGUGUCUUUUCAGCCUCUCAUUAAGUUAUGGGGAAUUACUGGCAUUUCUAUCUUGAUAUGUACACUAGGCUUGCUCCGUUUUAAUCUAUUACAAUUGCCAUUUGACAUUUUGCAAGUGUUCCUGAAGCAUUACUGUAUGCUUUUUGUAUAUAGGGAAGGAAAAUAUGACCAUACCUGUGUUUUGUCUCUUCAAAGUAGUGCAUUAUCAUUCACCAUUUAUACCUUCUCUCAUAAGGAUGCUCUAUUGUUAAUGAUUCACCAUUAAACCUAUUAAGAAUUUAUCAUUCAUAUAAAGCAACUAACAUUAGAACAUGGCUAACUUGAUUAGAUCAAGAAAGGAAGAUGAUCGUCCAUUAGUGUCAUACUUUUCAUGGAUGAACGUAUGCUUGGAAUAAACUAUAAAGGCAACAUCCAUUUAUAUGCACGUUUUACAUUCAGUUUUCUGUGCUCAUGAGUCCCUAAGCUUUGUUUUCUAUUUUAAUUGGUAGUUUUACUCGCAUCCUCCAUCACAUACUGUUAACACAUAUUAAGGUUAUUGUUAAGCAAUUUUAAUCUUUGGAUGUGACUUUACAGUUUACCUAAGAUUGAGGGAAGUUGUCUAUUUAAAUGCUUAUGUUGAUUCCACUUCCAUACCAUUAGGUUUUGUGCCAUAAUUGUGAAAAGCAACAUGGAUUAUAUAGUAUUUUGGUAUGGUGUCAAUGUUAUAUGUUCUUCAAAGCAUUCGUAUGUUGAUUACAAGUCACAUAGUGAUUCUAAUACAUUUUCUAUUCCCGGUUCUAUUCCACCACAUGGGGCCUUCGUGCCAUUGACAGUUUCCAACUUCAGUCAGAGUUACGAUUACCUAAUUGGUAUAAUUUGGUGAUCACUAUCCUCCUGGAUUUGUUGGAUCUUUCUGGUCUGACAAAGAAACGAAAAGACAACAAAGAUAUUGAGAGUAUGAAUACCUAAAAAGAUCGCCAAGGUUCUCUUUCUACCUUUUGUUUUUCAAUAUUGGAUACAUGUAUUGGGGUCUUUUAAUCCAUGCAUCUUUCCAUGUUUAAUUGGACUUGAUGAAUUAUUUUUCAUGGUCUUAAUGUUGAAUGUCUCAGCUGAACAACAUCAACAGACUGGUGAAGCUGCCUGUAUAAGAAUUGACAAUGGGAUGCUUCAAAUUCAGAACCAAGAGAAAGAAGAGCGUCAUCAGGAAGCUACACACGAGAAUAAUGUAUACAAGGAACUACUUUCAUCCAGAGUGGAUAUCAUACAUUUGAGUGCAAUCGGGAAAAAUCUCUGGCCAUUCGAUGUGCACAACGCAACGCAGCCCCAUACUCUCUCUCUUCUCUUACCAUCUUGAUAAGCUCGACUUCUCUUUGGUCAGCAAGGAAACCGAAACCGCAGCGGUUAAGCUGCUUGAGUUGUAUUGGAGUUACAGGUUGGGAAAAUAACUUGCUGACUCCAGUGUGGUCGCCCCAGAGGUGACUGACCAUGGGUGAGAUCAAUAGCCAAGAGUGAAUGAAGAGUAACAAGUUGUUAUGUAGGUGACACUUGCUUUUGAUGAACUGGAGUGUUGAGUGAUGAUGUUAGGCUGUUAGCGCUUGCUGAUAUGCUAGAGGGGAUAAGAUAAUUUUUUCCUUUUGGAUUAAAGAGAGUUUAGGGAAGAACUAAGACUUCAUUCAACUUAGUUUCUAAUUGAGGUAAAUGAUAUAUUUCUGAUUUACAUGUCUUUGUGCCUUUGUGUUCAUGUGCAUUCUCCUCAUUUUUCUAUGUCUCAUUAGACAUUAUAACGCUAAUAUUUCUUCAGUCGAGAAUGAACUAAUGUUUGUCACUUUUUUUUCUGCUUUUGAACCUUUGCUCAAACUUCGGUCUGUUCAAUUUACUUGACCCAAAAAUUGCUCCAUGCAGAAUAUACAAUGAUAGUGACUCUGAUGAAGAGUUCAUGUCUAGCUUAGGGUUUUACCUGAAGCACAUUGUUGGUUGAAACCUGGCUGAGUAGUAGGGUGUAGCUUGGUGAACAAACAUGCCUCAUUUGUCUGCAGGGCACUCAAAUAUGAGAAGGACGCUGGCCGGGUGGCCAUUCUUCAUCUCCUGCAAGCAGCAAAACACACGUAAUGUGUAUAAAUUGUUGUUUAUUCACAAAAGUCAGCAACUUUUGGAAAUGAAUUGCAGAACUGUGAAUGUUUCAAAUGUCACAAGUGAACUGGUUUUUGCGAAGUCAUACAAGAACAAGGAUGGAUUGAAGUAAGAAAGGGAGUUUGUGUCACUUUACUUCAAGAGAUGGAUCCAAAUUUCACAAGCGUGGCUGUGAGUUUUUGCUGUUGAUAUCAUGAAGUUAGAUGCAUCAAGAGGAAAUAACUUAUGGAGUCACUCUCAAAAGAGUUUCCUAAUGACACUAUUAGAUUCUCUUCCAAGCUGGUUUCACUUCAAGAGUCAGGUUAUUUCCAUCUUGCUGAUGGAAUCAAAAUCAAAGGCAAGGUCAAACCAAAAAGAAUGUCAUUUUUUUUUGUCAAUGUUCUUUUGCUUAACUAUGCAACCCAAAUCCAAACCUCACAUGUCCAUUUCAAUUGGACGAUGUUGAUCUUUGUGAUAGACUGAACUCAGUGGUGGCAAAAUGGUCGUGGUUUGGGAAGACAGCUUUUGUUAGGUCUUCCAUUAGAGUUAUUCACACUUCGUAUCAAGCCAUGAUUUUGUACACAAUGGUUUCCUUACCAAUUGAACCAAAUAGGUUUUUUAUUGUCGUACUUCAAUAUAAGUUAAAAAUUUCAAAUAGUGUUCUUCAAAUUAAUAAAGCAUAGGUCUUUAU